AUGUGGAAACACUCCUCAUUUGGAGAGUAUGAAGUCAGGAGUGCAUACAAUAUACUCCUUAAGGAUGAGGCCCUAAAGUCACCUGUUGAACUAAGACCUCCUCAUAUUCCAGCUGAUGUGUGGCAGCUUAUCUGGAAAGUGAAAACUCCUCACAAAGUUAACCUAUUCGUGUGGAAACUUAUGCAAGACUUUAUACCUACUUUCCUUACCUUGAAAAAUAGGGGAAUUAGUACUAGGAGCAUAUGCCCUAUAUGUGAUGAGGGAGAUGAGUCUACUUCUCACUUGUUUCUCCAUUGUGCCUUUGCUAGAGCUUGCUGGCAUGGGUCUACCCUACCCAUACAUACAUCAGACUUAAGCAAUACAAGUCUACAGAUCUGGCUUAGCAACAUCAUAUUGAAUUUCAAACAGAUGGACCAAGUGAGAAUGGACUACCUUAGAUCUGUUUUCACAUUCCUUUGGACAAUCUGGAACCACAGGAACCUGGUGAUUCAUGAUGGCAUUACCCCUAACCCCAUUGAAGUCAUACUAACUGCUCAUACCUUACCUUGCUGGUUAAAGGAAGCUUAUGAAAAGAAAGAAAGCCAUGACAAUUCACAUAGGGGAAACUAUUCUGCAUACCAGAAUAUUGGAGGACCUUGGGACUUGAUUGUCAAGGUAGCAGGUGCCAGGACGAAGAGACCUAGGAGGACUGCUUUUGCAUAUGAGGCAACAGACUUACAAGGGAUAGUCAUUUUUUUGGGUACCGCCAGUAGUGGAGCAUCUAUAGCCAAUGCAGCAGCUCAAGAAGCUUUAGUGGAAGUUGUUGUCAAAGCUAAAGGACUUGGUUUCUGCAGAAUUUUGUUCAUGUGUAGUAGUAGAAGAUUAGCUCAAGUUUGUAACUUUAAUUACACACCUAGUUGCAAAGUCCUUUUUGUUUCCAGGGCUAUCCUAGGUUAUGUCUACAGUGCUGCUAAGACUACAACUAAUGUACCUGGUCCCAGUGGCAGAGCUAGGAUCUAA